AUGUGCGGUCAAAAGGUAGAGGCAUCGGUUCCGAAGACCAUCUGUGGCCCAUGCGACAAAAUAAUCACAACGCCCUUUUGCACAGACUGCGGUAGCAGGGGUAUAACUACAAUAGUGGCACGGAAUGAACCAGCCACUGGACAGAAAACGGCGAAUCCAAGCGGCAACAAAAGCCUCGAUAUUCAGGCUACGAACAAAGGACCUUUGGUCAAAACAUCCUCUUUCAAGAGCCUGGUAGAACGGAGCAUCACCGCCUGGAAUUCUCUAGCAUAUGCUACAGAUACAGAGGUCAAAGGCUCUGUUCUCAGACUCUCCGCGACCUUGAGACGUUUAAACUCAGUCGACGAUCUCUUCCGAUCCAGGAUAAUGUUCUGGUUCUUCCAACGUCGAGACUCAUUCAUGAAAGAGACUCGCUUUAUGAAGUUUGAUAUCAACCGCCUUGAAGAAUACAUCCUGAUACCCAUGGACGAUGGCUUUGUUAAUAAGAAAGAUUGCUUCUACGUGAGCCACCUCUGGCGUACCCGAGAAGCACCCGAUCCACGAGGCGAAGACUUUGCACUCGCCCGCCAGGACCUCUCUACCCAAUCAUGGACAUACGUCUGGAUUGACUGGACAUGUCUCCCUCAAAACGCAAGCACUCCAGCCGAAAAGGAGUACUUCAACAGAAUGCUUACACGAACUCCCGUUCUCAUGCGGGAGUGUGGAUUCGAAUGGCGAUAUCCGACUUUCCAGCCCCGACUCUGGAUUCUCGUCGAAGUAGCGCAAUACAUGCUCAACAUACGCACUGGAUAUGCCGUGACUGACGAUAUCAAGCCGUUUAUUAAUGAUGUCCUCGCUAUGAAAGCUGAGGGUGUUCAUCAAGUCAUUACACGGCGCGGGUAUAACUGCUCAGUGAGUCGGGAUUAUCGACUCCUCAUUGGCUGGCUGGAGCUUCUUAUUAUCAUGACCAAACUUGUUCAGGACGUCCCUUUGAAGAAGAUGAUACUGGACGCAGUUGAGCCUCCAUAUGUUGGCUUUUUGGAGCAUGUGGAUACGGGUAUCAAAGUCGACAAGAAUACUGGGGUCGUCUCGCAGGGUGGUGUUACUUAUCGGUUUACUCCUUUGUAUCCUGUCGAUGAGGACGGGUUUCCUAAAUGA